AUGUUCUCCAGAGCAGCUCUUCGAGCCCCCCGGGCUCUGCCUCUGCGCACCAGAGCCCCUGCGGCCUUUGCCCUCGCCGCCCGAUCCGUCACCACCGAUGCCGCUUCAGCGUCUCUCUCCCAGUCGGUGCCCAAGUCCGAUGAUGAGCCCUUCCAGGUUACUCUCAGCGACGAGAGCUUCGAGACCUACGAGCUGGACCCUCCGCCUUACACAAUUGAGGUGACUAAGAAGGAGCUGAAGCAGAUGUACUACGAGAUGGUUGCCAUCAGACAGAUGGAGAUGGCUGCCGAUCGCUUGUACAAGGAGAAGAAGAUCCGCGGUUUCUGCCACCUGUCUACUGGUCAGGAGGCUGUUGCUGUUGGUAUCGAGCAUGCCAUCACCAAGGAGGACGACAUCAUCACUGCCUACCGAUGCCACGGUUUCGCCAUGAUGCGUGGUGGCUCUGUCCGAUCCAUCAUCGGCGAGCUUCUCGGCCGUCGUGAGGGUAUCUCCUACGGAAAGGGCGGCUCCAUGCACAUGUUCGCCAAGAACUUUUACGGUGGUAACGGCAUUGUCGGCGCUCAGGUCCCUGUUGGCGCUGGCCUGGCUUUCGCCCACAAGUACAGCGGCCGCAAGAACGCCAGUGUCAUUCUGUAUGGUGACGGUGCCAGCAACCAGGGCCAGGUCUUUGAGGCUUUCAACAUGGCCAAGCUGUGGAACCUUCCUGCUCUGUUUGGCUGCGAGAACAACAAGUAUGGUAUGGGUACUUCUGCUGCUCGUUCCUCUGCUUUGACCGACUACUACAAGCGUGGACAGUACAUCCCCGGCCUCAAGGUCAACGGUAUGGAUGUUCUUGCCGUCAAGGCCGCUGUCAAGUACGGCAAGGAAUGGACUGCUGCCGACAAGGGCCCCAUGGUUCUCGAAUACGUCACCUACCGAUACGGUGGUCACUCCAUGUCCGACCCCGGCACCACCUACCGUACCCGUGAGGAGAUCCAGCGCAUGCGCUCCACCAACGAUGCCAUUGCCGGACUCAAGCAGAAGAUCCUCGACUGGGAGGUCAGCACCGAGGAGGAGCUCAAGAGCAUCGACAAGGCUGCCCGAAGCCACGUUGCCGAGGAGGUUGCCGCUGCUGAGGCCAUGUCCAUCCCUGACGCCAAGGCCGAGAUUCUCUUCGAGGACAUCUACGUUCCCGGCUCCGAGCCCCAGUACAUCCGCGGACGUACCGUCGAUGAGAACCACUACUUCUCCAAGUAAAAUGGAUGCAAUUGACCUUUUCUGCUGAUGCACCCCACCACAUAGCCCUAAUGAUUCCUCAAAACUUGUCGCCUUAUUUGUACUACGUUGCUUUUAGAUAGAGAGGGCGGGAAGGAUCCAGAUGGACAUGACUAAUUCUAUGUUCGUUUGAAGACCUAAAAAAACAAAACAAAAAUUAUAGAGUGCCUUUAGUGCGACAUUCUUCAUAUGUGGAAUCUAAAAGGAGCAUAAAAUUGGUUGGGGCUGGUUUUGGGACAGCUUGCCUAAUUGGGGAGGGAAGUCAAAAUUCGGAGAAGCUCCGUGAUCGCUCAAUGAUGAAGUGGGGCAUCGCGGCUACUUGAGGCUUAUCAACGAGAUCAAAUAUCAAGUGUCACGUUGGGAAUUGAGGAAUAAGUAAAGCCUGGUUAUAAUAAUGCAGCUGCAGUUAUCAACCUUCAUAAAAAGAAUAAAGCUUUGCGAGAUUUGUGUCUCC